GAUGACGUAAACAGAUAGCGAGUUGAGCCACUUUAUGCUUAUUUAAGCCAAGUAAGCAUUUUAUUAUUCUAUUGUCAUUAGCUUCGUGUGUUCGUGCUGUUAUAAUUACCUAUAGAAAAUGUCUGGUCGUGGUAAAGGAGGUAAAGUGAAGGGAAAGAGUAAAACCCGUUCAUCCCGUGCUGGGCUUCAGUUCCCUGUCGGUCGUAUCCACCGUCUUCUCCGCAAAGGAAAUUAUGCCGAACGUGUUGGUGCCGGAGCUCCAGUCUACUUGGCUGCUGUUAUGGAAUAUUUGGCUGCCGAAGUGUUGGAAUUGGCAGGAAAUGCUGCCAGAGACAACAAGAAAUCGAGAAUUAUUCCCCGUCAUUUACAGUUGGCCAUCCGUAACGACGAAGAAUUAAACAAACUUUUGUCUGGAGUGACCAUCGCCCAGGGUGGUGUUCUUCCCAAUAUUCAGGCUGUUCUUCUCCCCAAGAAGACCCAGAAGGCUUCCAGUUAAUCUCUCCCUUGGAACUACAGCAUAUCGAAAAUUUGGCUCUUUUUUUAGGACCAUCUGUAUUUAUGGACGUUCUCGAGUUGAUUUAUGCGCUUGUAGUUGAGGAAUGAUUUUGGUCUGUGGAACGACUCUUGGAGUCGCAGGAAGAAUAAUUACAGCGCUUAAAGAUACCAGAACUAAUUUACUCCGUCUGUCGGAGGUAAGAGAGACGUUCAUGUGUGAACAAUGACUUUAUUUCUGAAUGUAUAUUUGCAGGAAGGUCUCUUUUGUAAAUAACCAACAUAAAAUAUUGUAAUAAAACGAUUUUUCAUUUCAUUCUAUUUAGAAGAGAUGGACCCUGUGCUAGUUAUUUUAAACUUGUCAAUAAAUGAUUAUACAUUUCA